AUACUAUUCUUCUAAACUUGCAGGUCGUUGAUACAGAGUCUUGGUGUGUGCUAAUUGUUUCAUCAGACUAAUCCUCGGUGAUCGUGAAUUCUCGGUUUCUACAACAUCUUUACUUACAAUUAAUCAAAUUGUCGGAAAAUUAAAUCCUUAAGACGCAAUUGCCACGUGAACAAAUGGCGGCCUCAGGUGUACGUAUCGUGGUGAUGGUGAUGGUGGUGGUGGCCCUGAUGGUGCAAGCCCGAGUGGUUCCCACUUCGAGGGACAAAAACAGGAUUGGAGGCAUGAAAAUAGAAGAACUGAAGGCCGCUGUGAAAAACUUUGGUGGAGAAGGCGUGCGGACCAACGGUGAAGAAGGUGAAGGCGAUGGUGGAGAAGGCGUUUUUCCUGGAGAAAUAGAAGUCAGGCGCAGGCAAGAAGGCGACCAGGGGGAAGGCGUCUUCCCGGGAGAAAUUGUAGUCAGGCGCAAGCGGGAAGUCGAUGAUGGAGAAGGUGUUUUCCCGGGAGAAAUUGUAGUCAGGCGCAAGCGAGAAGUCGAUGAUGGAGAAGGCGUUUUCCCUGGAGAAAUUGUAGUCAGGCGCAAGCGGGAAGUCGAUGAUGGAGAAGGCGUUUUCCCUGGAGAAAUUGUAGUCAGGCGCAAGCGGGAAGUCGAUGAUGGAGAAGGCGUUUUCCCUGGAGAAAUUGUAGUCAGGCGCAAGCGAGGAGAUGAUGGAGAAGGCGUUUUCCCGGGAGAAAUUGUGAUCAGGACUUUGAAGAAGCAUAACACUGAAUAGCAACCGGGACUGUUAAGGAAAAUGUGUUUUCCCGGAUGAAUGAACUUUGCGUAAAAUAAAAGAAUUCUAAUUAGAAUUAAGAUGGCCAGUAUUAAAGAAACAGGUCAUUUAAAUUAAACAUAUCCUAAAAAUACCCUCCCCCAAAGAAAAAUUAGAUUGUUAUCAGGAAUAUAUGAACAAAAUUUCAUGUUUAUUCUGUAAAGUGUUUCGGUAUUUCUGUGUUGUUCAUCUUUAUGUUGAAAUUUCAUUCCCGAGUUUUGCACCCAAAUUUCAUCGUAUACGAAAAGAAAAAUUUCUAAUGAAGCUCAUUUUCUAAACGUUAUUAUCACGUUUUGUUCUAUAAUGAGUAAGCUGAAAAUUUUCAUUGCUAUCCCAAUUAAAAUAUUUAUAUUCUAUUUAUUUAGAGUUAAAAUAAUUGCUUUCACCUUUCGAGUGGUUGUGUUCACUUCAUACUUAUUUUUUAACGAUCUUAUUUUCCGUCAAAACCAACAAUUAAUAAAAUAAAGGCUGGUAAACUUGGCUAGGCUUGAAUGAAUAAUCUUAGAUUAUUGGAUGGUAUUUGUAUUAUUAUAUUCCCCGUGCAUUAAAAUUCCAAUUGAAAUCUAACACAAUAUCUCUAAAUUGAGCGGAUCUCUCAAUGAAUUUAACGUUACAUCAUAUUUCAAUUGUUAUGCUACAUUAUAUAAAUACGUCCUGUACUCCCAAAACCUCGAAUUUACAUCUGCCGAUUAAAAUCUACGAUUUCAGCCUAAGCCAAAGAAUUUAUUAUGGUUUGCUUCCCAGAAAAGGUAAUGUUGGAAAAAAAUAAAGAUUUGAGUGGC